CAAAGUUACAGAGGUCAAAAGCUAGCUUGAAACAGAAAGAUACAUUGGAAAGCAACCUGAGCUGGUUAAUUACCAAUUAAGAUCAUGUCUAGCCGUAUAAGCUUGGUUGGGUUGUUUUUUAUUGUUUCAGCUGUGGCAAUAUCAUUACAAGGUGCAAAUGCUGCUACAACAUACACAGUUGGAGACAGUUUGGGAUGGACCAUUCCUCCCAACAACUCUGUUGGGUACUACGAGGACUGGGCUACCAACAAGACAUUUCAGAUUGGGGACUCUGUUGUGUUCAACUGGAAUGGGACACACACUGCAACUGAAGUAUUCAGCGAAGAGGAAUAUGAAAAUUGCACCAAGACAGGAUUGGUGAUAGUGACGAGCGGAGUUUCUGUUCUUCUUAAUGCAAAUGGGACCCGAUACUUUGUGUGCUCCGUUGGCACCCACUGCGAGCAAGGUAUGAAGGUGGCGAUCAAAGUUGGAAAUGGGAUACCACCACCACCACCACCCUCAGCAGCUCCUUCCCUUCCCGUUGGCUCCUUGGCUGCUGUCGUCUCCUCCAUAUUCAUGCUCUUCUUCAGUUACAUGUAAAUGGCCAGGUCUAUACAGAUGUGGCCUUGUAUUUCUUUGAUUGGGUGUGACUGAUCUUUUCUAUCCUCGUUCAUUAUCAUGUUCCAGGAUUUUUUUUUUUUUUUCCUAUUGUAAUAAAGCUGUAUGUUAAUUUGUUUGAUGAAAUAAUAAUAAUAAUAAUAAUAAUUUAUUGAUUUUAAA